CUCGCCGUAUAACUGGGUAAUCUGCCUCGACUUUGCCCAUUUUUUCCUUCGCCCCCCGACCACCUCACCUGGACUGGUAUUUAGGUUACUUCCACCGCCGCCCAGGUUGCCCAGCCACUGAGCCACACUGGCACCGGCUCCCAGCCCUACCUUACCCAAUCGUCAACCGUCCCCAUAAUUACUUACCCGUGCAGUUCCUUUCGCUUUGUUGCUGCCUUCAGACGCCCAGAAGAACUUCACUGCUUCUUCCCUUUCCCCCCCUACCUUCCUCCUGGUUUGAAUCCCUUUCUUACCUUAAGCUCUCUCUCGAGUGGUUGCGAUCCUUCUUCCAUAAAUUUCGUCUCUCUGAACCUUCAUCGCAUACUUUCCAUCCACCUCGCACUAGUUUUAUUGUUCCCUGUGCCGCCUGAUCGACGUCAUCUUCCGCCCCCAGGCCUCGGAUAGAGAGGUGCAGCCACUAUGGGUAUUCUACUUCGUCGAGACUGCUAUGACACUGUCAACGGCCGGGUGUGCGAUGGCAGCACCUGGUAUGACUGGGGUCGCUGGAUCGCUUUUGGGGUAAUUGUUGCUGUGGCACUAGUCAUCUUCUUUCUCUUUGCAUGUUACAACGCCCGCCGUCGGCGCAGACAAGGGCUUCGUCCUCAUCCCGGCACUGGAUGGCUUGCUGGCCCGCCUCCCACCUUCCAACAGUCACAACAACAACAACAAGGUCAACGACCAUACUACGCAGAUCCCUACUACCAACAACAACCGCCACCUCAAUACACCCCUCAGCCGCAAGCGUACGGUUAUUUUGGAGGGCAGCAAACCGGAAUCGAGUUACAAUCACCACCAAACGCAUAUCACGGUGGCGAACGUAUAUACCAGGCACCUCCAGGACCUCCUCCUCAGACUUCCAAGGUGUAACGCUCGGCAUCGCCCACCAGUGAAACGACUUUUCUCCCCAGAUACCAGAUUCAAGGGGUUCCUUGAUCGACCAUUAUGUAAUUACCCAGGCGUCUUUGAUUAUCGGUUAUUCGAAAUGUGGCUCUGCGUCUCAUAGCGUCAGGCUAGGAGGGCAUACCAUAGGGAAUGUGUGACGGGUUUAUGAGUUUCCUUGUGCCUAUUUGCUAAACUCCUUGCUACUCAUACUGUAAUGACUCGUCAGGGUAGUGCUCUCUUCUCUACAUCAUGACAUGCAGCAUAUUCACUCAUUUUCUUCUUUCUUGCACUGCAAUUAUUGACUGCCUGUGAUAUAUGAUUUGUUUAAAGCGAUAUUGGCGAAUUUGGUCUAUACCCACGUCAAUACUUACAAUGAAGACGAACCAUUCCAACGAA